AUGCCCAAGAGCCGAAAGAGGCGCCGCAAUGCCGACGGAGGUGGCGUAGAGUCCGAAGUGGCAGGCCUGGCACUGGGAGCGCACGACUCGCGUGUGGGCGCACCCAUGGAGGUAACGCUUGCGGGCGGAGCCGGAAGCGACACGCUGCGGGUGCCCAAGUGGGUGUGGCGCAAGUUCACGUCGUCGGCGCGGAGUGAUGGCCUGGAAUUGGCGCACUGGGAGAAGGAGGCUGCGGUGCGGGACGACUACAUCUUUGCUGAGAUUUGCGCAAAGACGGCAGAGGUGGUGCAGUAUACCGACGAUGAGUACGACCGGUUCUGCCCCUCGGACUCGUGGACAAAGCCCAUGACCGACGAGCUCAUUGCCAUGGCCAAGCGCUACGGUUGUCGCUGGCACGUAGUUGCUGACCGCUUUCCCUACGAAAAGUCACUGGAGGAGAUCAAGGACCGGUACUAUACCGUCGCCCGCAACAUCGCCGCCGCCUACUGCUCGGUCUUGGCUCAGCGCGGCUCGACCUCGGCCCUCGCCCUCGCUUCCAAGGUGCCCAUUAUCGACAAGCCGUUCAACCGUGAGUACGAGGAGAAGCGCAAGUCCCAAGCUAAUGCUGUGUACUUUGCAUCGAACAAGAUCACCAACGAGCAGGCCUUUCUCCGCCGCAAGCUUGUCGAGUACGGCCUCGCCAAGCCCAAGCCCGGCCGCGCGUCGGCGUCGGCGUCGUCGGCGACGCCCGAGGGCAAGGCGUCGAGCUCGCGCAACUCGGCGCUGAAGCGGGUUGCUGCCCGCAAGGCGCGCGAAGCCUUUCGUGCCAAGCUGUUGGAGCAUCUGGAGGCGCUCCGCGCCGCGCCGGCGGCCGAGGCCGGUGCCGAGGCUGCUCCUGCCGCCAGCUCGUCGUCGGCGGCCGAGGCAGCGCCUGCCACAGCUAGCGCCACCUCGGCUGCGUCCGAGGCGAGCACAGCUGCGACUGCUGCUGCGAUGGCGCUUGGUGACGAUGGCGAGGUACCGGCGGCCAAGAAGGCCAAGCGGGCGCUGACGCUCACCGAGUCGAUUGACGCCACCAAGCGGGUUCUCGAGUUUUCGCGACCCAAGUCGUCGCGGGCGACGCAGCGGCUGCUGGGCAAGGUGCUGACGCGGAUGUCGGGCAUUGCAGCGACCGAGGAGCCGUUCCCGCGACACAGCGUGGUUCUGCGGUCGCGGAUGAUCAAGGCGACGACCAACUGGUCGCCAAGCAGCGUGCCGUCGCAGACCGUCACCCAGGUCAACAGUUUUCUGGAGGAGAUCGGCCUCGCUGAGCCGCUGGCGACCUCCAAGGUCAACCAGGUGUACCGCGAUGUGCGCGCGCAGGCGAUGGUGCUGGCCGAGCUGGUGGCCGCUACAUCGGCCAUGGCGGCCGACGUCGAGGUGCUCCGCAAGCAGGUUCUUGAGCGUGGCCUCGAGCUGCCCAAGGUCGAAUGAGGAGCCAUGAGUUUAACGCUUUCCGAUACGGAAUGGACAAAGAUGUCCAUCGCGCAAGCCGCGCUCCGCGACGCUCCACAGACGUCGCAACGUCCAUGGAUUGUUGUAAAAGAGUAGUACAAUGUG